AUGCAGGUUCGGGGCCUCCUCCUCCUCCUCCUGGCGCUGAUCCUGGUGGCUGCUGCUGCCGAGGCUGGCAAGAACAAGAAAGAAAAGACAAAGAAGGAUGGCUCCAAGUGUGAGGACUGGCGCUGGGGACCUUGUGUUCCAAACAGUAAGGACUGUGGCCUGGGCUACCGUGAGGGAACUUGCAAAGAUGAGACUAAGAAGCUCAAGUGCAAGAUCCCCUGCAACUGGAAGAAGAAAUUUGGAGCUGACUGCAAGUACAAGUUUGAGAGCUGGGGAGGCUGUAGUGCUCAGACAGGCCUGAAGACUCGCUCUGGCAUCCUGAAGAAAGCCCUGUACAAUGCCCAGUGUGAGGAGACUGUCUAUGUGACCAAGCCCUGCUCCUCCAAGAUCAAGUCAAAGUCCAAAGCAAAGAAGGGCAAGGGGAAAGACUAGAGCAGGAAGCCAGCAUCCUCAGCGGCUCCUCAUCAUGGUGCCUACAGGACUGGAUGUCCAGCUGCAGCUGGCCCACACUACAGUCUUCCUCCUCCUCUCCUUACUCCUUUCACUGAGAUGCCUUGUUUUAAUCAUUAGUGUUGUAGAGAGCAAACCCACCCACCCUGCAGGAUAGGCUGCCUCCUCCCUUGCUGUCCCAUGGGCACUGCCCCUGCAUCCUGCUCGCCUUCUCUUGGCUGGUGUUGGGGUUCCCUGGGAUGUGCUCAGAGAGCUGGGAUGGAACACACAUCCCAGCACAAAUGAGUUGCAUUUGGCACAUCCUUUUGCAAGCCCUGGAGCCUCCUUGCUCCUCCACCGGGUACCAGUGCCAGAGGGAUGGGCUGGGUGUUGAAUGACCAAGUAACCCCAUCACUCAAGCUUCUCACUCAAGGACUACUCUCACCUCAGGGGGUUUAUUCCAGCAUCCCUUUAGAUGGGGCAUGAUUUACCUGCAGCAGUUGAGGAAAACACAACCAUCACCCUGAGAAGCAACCGUGUCUCCUCUCUGUCACUUCUAAC